AUGGCGGAGAUCAACCAGGCUCAGCACUCGCGGCUUAUGCGUCUGCCGGCAGAGCUGAAAAAUCAGAUCUACGAAGAGGCACUGGAGCAUGAUGGCGUCACACGCAGGACUCUCUCUCCUCAGCUGCUUCUCACGUGCAAGCAGAUCCACCGCGAAGCACAAGGUAUCCUCGAUGGUAACGCCGAUCGGGUCGCCAUCGUUCGAAUGGAGACCAUCGCGAAAGGAGGAAAUCAGACAACCACACUCAAGCUCGGCUCAGCGUCACCUAUCGAGGUCAAGCCGAAUGCCAGACUUGACCUCGCCUUCUCUCCGUGGAGAGAUCUCUGCGGCAGCCGCCAAUACUUGAUCCUGUACAUACGCUCUGAGUACGCCACAGACCACGCCAGCCGAUUUCUAGCUUACGACAAGGACAAUCCAGUCUACGACGAGGCCACUCUAGUCAAUCAGCAGCUCUAUCUCCUCGCUACUGCCGUUUCACUUGCCGAGAUCCAUACCGUCGACAUCCGCGUCAAGCACAACAGAGAAUGGUCGCCAUGGUACAAUCAGAUCCUUUGGCCAACGGCUUGCUUGGGCCCAGGUGUGGGCACUAUCCACUGUCAGGGUGUCAAGGAGAGGACUUACGGCCGGGCCGCGAAGCCUGUUACGCACUUCAACAAGCAUGACAUCGAAAGUUCGCUGCCACGUCGGCCCUCUCGCAAUGGCUCACGCUUCAGUAACGAGCUGCUGGUGUAG